AUGGGCCUACCGCCAAUUCAGCUUCCAGACCGUACAACGAAUGAGCUUUGUCAAGAAGUCGAUGGCCUCGUCUCUGAUAUGCCACCGGAGACUGUCAAGCACUACACAUGCGAUCCUCGCAAACCAGACCGUACGCCACCAUUGGGUAGUGACUUUCUCAUGCAUCGCUUCAGCUCGCCUAAGGAUUGCUUCCAAGACAAUAUUUGUCUUAGGCAGUUCCCAAAACGUAUCGGGGAGCGCCCAACCCCGGGCGUAGAUCCCGACCUCUACACGGGAUGGGGCGUGCAUCUCGAACAAGACAUGGAUCUACAGCGCAUCUGUCUCGUUCUAUUUUUCGGCAUUGCAUCUGCAGGCAUGUUUGGGCUCGUAUGGGGCAUAUGCAAGAAAAGCCUGCAAGACGGUUUCUCCGUGGCGAGUUUCGUGCUCGGAAGCGAAGCUAUCGCUGUCCCUAUCCGAAGCGCCAGCAAAUGAGCAAGCGCA